AUGGCGGACUUGGAUGAUGGUGAAGACGGAAACGAUUUUUUCCGCAGUUUUGCCGAUGUUCCCUUGAAUCCUCCGGAGAAAAGAGAUAUGUGUUCGAGGUGUAAGUAAGUAAACUUUGGUCAUGUUUACUUUUUGUUAUUUCCGCUGACAUUGCUGUGAAGAUUGACGUUCUAAUAAAGCAGAUAGAUGAGUAAAGACUGUGUACAAAUGUCCAGCAUAUACAUACACACACACACACGCACACACUCACAUAUAUAAGUAACAAUAUUACCUUCUAUUUAUAUAUGUAUAUAUAUAAAUUAAUUUUGUUUUUGUAAGAUGUCAUACAGGUUAAAUAGAUGAUUUCCUUGGAUUCUUAAAAAUUCUCUUUCGUUUUAUAGGAGACCACUUGCAGUGUGUCUAUGCGCUCAUUUUCCUACUCAUUUUCUUCAAAUAUCGACUACGAUUCACGUGUUGCAACAUCCUCGUGAGGUUUGUCUUAUUAGAUUUAUAUUGUAAAUGUCUCUUAGUUAUCCAGAGUUAUUUGGGGGAGGAGGGGGUGAGUAAAACGGCUGCUUACCAACGAUCUUACACCACUGUUAAUAUUUUUUUAGUCAAAUUGGUAUGGCCUAUUCAUAUUCAUAGCUUCUUAUUCCAUGAUCAGUGGCCACUCCAUAAGCAAAAUUAAUGAAGCCCUUAGAAAUGCACCUCCAGACAAUUUAGGAAAUGGGUGUUUUAAAAAUGUUACCUUGACUUGUGAUGCAGUUUAAAAAUUGCCAUCUUCAUUAUUAUCAUUAUCAUUAUAAGGGCUGUCAGUAAGUUUUUAAGCAGCCAUUACAUUGGAGAUAUCACUGUUAACAGUGUAACAGAGUCAUAGCAAUCAACAUACUCACUAGUAGCAUUUACAUGUGGUGAGCUCAGUCAUAACAAAUGUUUCAGGUUAUGGCCCCCCUUGAAAGCCCUAAUCAGAAUCAUCCUUACUGGGAGUCAUAGUUGUCACCAGGUUACUAUUACUUAAAAUGAUGUUAUUUGAACAUGAACAUCAGGAUCCUAUAGCACAGGGUUUAGACAAAAUGGUCUAAAGCAAAACAUCAGAAUGUGCAUCAACAGAAAUACAGGGGAUGGAGAUGUCAAAAAUGAUACUGUGCAUGGUUUCCUAACUUGCUGCUAUGAUGAUUGAAUAAAGGACUCUCCUCUUUCUAGGAAUCUAGGCUUUUGACAACUGUCCCACUCCUGGAGGCUUGUUUGCCUCCAGAUAAAAUUGUCAUCAGACGUGGGAGAAGAUUCCACAAAAAUGACUGGCCAGAUCUCCAUGAAUUACUCGAUAAACCUACUACACUCCUUUUAUAUCCAGGACCUACAGGUUGGCACAAUUAUCUUAUAAUUAAACCUUUUGCACCCAAAAUCAACAUGUCAAUUUUCUGCAUUGCCUGCUGUACACUUUGUGGUAAAAUCAAACCCUAUCUCUGUGCUGUUUUUUUUUCUCAUCACCUUUCCGCCUACUCAACAAUGUAACUUGAUAUUGAUGGGAGAAGACUCUUUUUGGUCACUGACAGAAGGGAAAGAGUUAAUUACUUUGUUGUAUCCCUCUCUUGUGUAGGAAGCAGUGGCCUUGGACUGCAGAUCAAAUGAUCAAAGUUAGCUUUAAGUACAGGGUCAUGUUAUUGUGUUGGUGGACAAGACACUGUAUUCUUACAAGGUCCCUCUCCACUCAGGAGAAUAAACUGGCAUUGACACACUGGAUACCAGGCUCACCUCAUCCUUUAUAUUAUAUAGCUUGACCACAUUUUUGUUUUGAAUUUUCAUCAAACUGACCAUAUCUCUUUACUUUCAGCUGAAAAUAUAAAAACACUGGGUGAACCUCCCUUAGGAGAAAAUUAUGAUAUUAUUGUCCUUGAUGGAACAUGGAGACAAGCCAAGGAUAUUUUUCAUAACAAUCCAUUUUUAUGUCAAGCUAGACAGGUAUGUUCAUAAGUGUCAAAAUGCCUUUUGAAUUUUGAUAUUGUAAAUUAAAGUACUGCAAAUUAGAUGUAAUAUUUGUGGUGUUCUUGAAUUAAUUCAAGGUGCAAUUAGAGCAUGACCACAUCAGUGAAUACGUGAUCAGAACCCAGCCUAACAGUAAAAGUUUAUGUACAGUUGAAGCCAUUGCUUUGUCAUUAUCUAUUCUGGAGAAAAAUGAGGAAAUUGCAGAGGUGAGGCAUGAUGUAUUAAUAACUUCAUUGUUUUAUGACCAAAGUACUUGACAUAGUCUUAUUGUUGUGCUAUUAUUAUUGUUGUGCUAUUAAGUUGAAGUAAGUAGUAGCAAAUUGUUAGAAUACAUCAAACAUUGUCUUCCUAAGUUGUCCAGGAUCAAUAUCAGUAUCUGGGCAACUGUCCACCUACCCCUCCCCUAGCCCAACAAUAACCCUAACUUGCUAUCAAUUGGCUGUUGUAGGGUUAGGGGAGGGGUAGGUGGGCAGUUACCCAGAUACUGAUAUUGAUCUAAUGUCCCUAAGAAACAAACAUACUUUAAGACUGAGGCAACGGCCAGAUUGUUUCAACCAUGGAACGUUGACUUUGAUCCCCAAGAGUGACUAACAUCUGAUUUCUCCUUACAAUAAAACCCCCUGAAUCAAAUUUUAAGGUCAUGAGAAUAAAGGAAAUGAUUACCAACCAAAGAAGCCCUUGAUUCUUUCACAAAUUCUCUUUGUUAGCUACUGAGGUAAUGUAAAGAGAACAGAAUGGAAUAUGUGCAUGAUGACAUGAUGAUGUUAGGGUGUAACAGGUUAAGAUUUGUCACUCUUGAGCAAAUUGAUAUAAAAUUUAAAAAAUAGGUGCAACAACUUCAGCUCUGAACCUACUAAUGAUCCAGCUUACCGUGAAGUCUCUGUUGCUCAGUGAUAGAGCAUCGGAGCGCUUAAGCUGAAGAUCUGAGGUUCGAUUACUCAUAAGAACUCAGAAUUUUUUCUCUGUCUUACGCUCGUGACAAGACGAAAAGACAUCUCUCUUCAUUUCAUUUCCGAGCUUAUAACUUUACCGUCUUUCUGAUUUUACUAACUACAACGUUGAAUGUUUCUAGUUUGCAGCGUAAUGUCUGUAAGAUACUCUCAGCUUACGGUUGAAAACGAACAAUUCCUGUGGUUUUUUUUCCUCAGACUUUAAUUCGACCUUUGCGGGCAUUGUGUAAAAUACAGUUGGAGCAUGGUGCUGUGGUACAUUUCAAUAAGGAAAAUGAAGACGAAAUCAUGUUAAGAGCGUAA